CACUUGAACUUGCAGCUCAGGGGGGCUUUUGCCAUUUUUUCAUCUCUCUCUCUCUUUUCAAAAAAGCCAUGACGGCUAUCCCACAAUCCAUCUUCCCUGCGCCAUCUUUGUAUUAUUUCUAAUUUAUUUUGGAUGUCAAAGGCAUUGAUGAAGAUAUUUUCUCUGGAGUCUCCCUUCUAACCCGGCUCUCCCGAUGUGAACCGAGCUGAAAGCCACCACCAACCACCAUGUCUCGCCGCAAGCAAGGCAAACCCCAACACUUAAGCAAACGGGAUUUUUCGCCCGAGCCCCUGUCUGCCGUGGUCUCGGAGGAGAGGCAGGAACAGCGCGGGCUGGUACAGGUAGCUCCAGAGGGAGACCAGGACCUGCUCACCUGUGGCCAGUGUCAGAUGAACUUCCCUUUGGGAGACAUCCUUAUUUUCAUUGAACACAAAAGGAAGCAGUGCAGUGGCACUUUGUGCAUGGACAAAGCAGUGGAUAAGCCCCCAUCACCCUCGCACGGUGAGCUGAGGAGAGCCUCCAACCCCGUGGAGGUGGGCGUCCAGGUCACGCCAGAGGAUGAUGACUGCUUAUCGACGUCUUCUCGAGGAAUCUGUCCCAAACAGGAAAACAUUACAGGUAAAGAUGAGCCCAGCAUCUACACUUGCACAACCUGUAAGCAACCGUUCAGCAGUGCCUGGUUUCUGCUGCAACAUGCCCAGAACACUCAUGGCUUCCACAUCUACCUUGAGAGUGAGUGCGGGAGUCCGCUCACGCCCCGUGUGGGAGCUCCUUCAGGAAUGGGUGCAGAUUGCUCUUCUCAGCCCCCCUUGCAUGGCAUCCAUCUCCCAGAGGGAAGUCCAUUCAACCUGCUGCGGAUACCCAACUCUGGACGCGAUGGACCCCCUCUCCGAGAGGGUCGAUUUCCCCCUACGCCGCCUCUCUUUAGCCCUCCACCCCGCCAUCACUUGGACCCUCAUCGCAUGGAGCACCUGAGCCCGGAGGAGCUGGCUUUGGCCACCCACCACCCGAGUGCCUUCGACAGGGUGCUGCGCCUCAACCCCAUACCAAUGGAUCCCCCAGCUAUGGACUUCUCUCGUAGAUUGAGGGAGCUGGCUGGUAACACCUCAGGGUCAACUCCUCCUCUCUCACCCAACAGGCCCAGCCCUAUGCAACGGCUACUACAACCAUUCCAGUCAGGAACCAAGCCACCCUUUCUCUCCACCCCUCCUCUACCUUCCAUGCAGUCCCCCUCUGGCUCCCAGUCCAUCCCGACCCCUCUUACGCAACAGUCCAACACGCCCAUGAAGAGCAAGUCUUGUGAGUUCUGUGGGAAGACCUUCAAGUUCCAGAGUAAUUUAGUUGUGCAUCGACGCAGUCACACGGGUGAGAAACCCUACAAGUGCCACCAGUGCGACCAUGCCUGUACGCAGGCCAGCAAGCUGAAGCGGCACAUGAAGACACACAUGAACAAGUCAUCGCCCAUGACGGUCAAGUCCGAUGAUGGCUUGUCAACAGCCAGCUCCCCUGAGCCUGGAACCAGCGAUUUAGUGGGUAGUGCCAGUAAUGCCCUCAAGUCCGUGGUAGCCAAAUUCAAAAGUGAAAACAACCGUCUGAUUCCAGAGAAUGUAGAGGAAGAAGAGAAAGAGGAACAGGAGGAGGAGGAGGAAGAAGAGGAGGAAGAGGAAGAGGAGGAAGGAGAGGAGGAGGAGCUGGAGAGAGAGGGAGGUAGAAACAACUACCACUUCAGCCUCAACCUCGAGGCUGCACGGCACCACGAGAACAACGGCAGACGUCUGGGUGGGGGUGAGGACGGGAUCCCACGUUCACUGCCUGAGGUUAUGCAGGGCAUGGGCUUGGCAGCCAGCAUGCAGCACUACAGUGAGGCAUUUCAUCAACACAAGCGAGGAGCCCUAAACUCUGACAAUGAUGCACAUAGGGACAUGUGUGAUGAGGACUCGGCUCUGGAAUCAGACAGAGUGGAUGAGGGCUGUGGCUCAGCUAUCAAUGGUCGAGGCUCAUCCCCCAGUGAGUCUGCCUCUGUUGGUUUGUCCAAGAAGCUCCUACUGGGCAGUCCCAGCUCACGUAGUCCUUUCUCCAAACGAAUCAAGCUGGAGAAGGACUUUGACCUCUCCACCUCUACAAUCCCCAACACUGAGAAUGUCUAUUCCCAGUGGUUGGCUGGCUAUGCUGCCUCUCGGCAGCUGAAGGACCCCUUUCUGAAUUUCGGGGACUCCAGACAAUCGCCUUUCGCCUCGUCUUCAGAGCACUCCUCAGAGAAUGGAAGCCUGCGCUUCUCUACGCCACCAGGGGACCUGGAUGGCAUCUCGGGCCGCAGCGGAACUGGUAGUGGCGGCAGCACGCCACACCUUGGGGGUCCUGGUCGGCCCAGCUCAAAAGAUGGCCGACGCAGUGACACCUGCGAGUACUGUGGCAAAAUAUUCAAAAACUGCAGCAAUCUGACAGUGCACCGGCGCAGCCACACGGGUGAGAGGCCUUAUAAGUGUGCGCUCUGCAAUUAUGCCUGCGCUCAGAGCAGCAAGCUAACACGGCACAUGAAAACGCACGGGCAAGUGGGCAAGGACGUUUACAAAUGUGAAAUCUGUCAUAUGCCUUUUAGUGUGUACAGCACCCUUGAGAAACACAUGAAAAAAUGGCACAGUGACCUUGCAUUGGACAACGAAAUUAAAACUGAGUAGCGGUGGAGUGUGGUAGAUCACUUGCCUGUUAACAGCGAAUAACACCCCACUCCCACCCUCAUCCUUGUAGAUUUCCCUGUUUCGCUAGUCCAGUGGCGGCUAAGACAACGUGCUUGGCACCACCAGCACACCCUUUUCAUUUACCGUUGAAUGCAUGAUCUGUAUCGGGGCAAUACUAUUGCAUUGACGCAAACUUGGAGCCUUUCUCGUGUGCAAUAAUUUACAUGUUGUGUACUUUUUCUUUUUUCUUUACCAUUUUGGAAAAUUUGACAGCAUGCAUGAUAUAUUUUGGCUAAUUUUUAAAAAUAAAUUGUCCCUGGUUGGUUAGUUGUUUAGUAAAUGUGUUGCUGUUUUAUCGUUCAUUAUUUUACAAAUGUUUUUUUUCUUUAUUUUUAUUUUUUUUAUUUUGAGAUCAAAGAAAAAGAAAAGAAAAAAACAACCAUGCUGCAUACAUUCUGUAAUACAUAUCAUGUACAGUUUUGUGUUGUAACAUGGAGGACUACAGGCUAUCGCUUAACCCUCUUUGGACGGGCUGGAUAUA